AUGGGCUUCUGCCCAGAGGGCCACUCGGAGCCCAGUGGGGGGUGGCCACGGGCCCGCGCUCAGGGCCUGCUCCCGCCCGCAGGGGCCCUGGGCAUCGUCAGCAGCGGCCUGAUCCCCUCGCUGGUGUGGAAGCUGCAGCGCGAGGAGGAAGAAAUCCAGGCGCUUCUGCUGGACACGCUGGCCGCCUGCCUCACGGAGGACGCCACCGAGGCGCUGGCCAGCCGCGCGGUGCCCUUCCUGAAGGAGAAGCUCCUGAGCGCCAACAGCAGCAUCCGCAGUAAAGCCGCCCGCACGCUCAUCGCCAUCAGCGUCCCCCUGGAGGGCAAGAUCCAGGUGUGGCAGCAUGACGUCAUCCCCAUCCUGGUGCAUCUGCUGAAGGACGAGGAGGAGGAGGUGCAGGCCCACGCGGCGGGGGCGCUCGUGAACGCCACGGUGACCACCGAAGGGAAGUAUGCGGCGCUGGACGUGGAGGCCACCGGCCCGCUGCUGCAGCUGCUGGGCGCAUCUCUGAGCAAGGCGCGCCUGAACGCCAGCAAGGCCCUCACCAUGCUGGCUGAGGCGCCCGAGGGCCGCAAGCUCCUGCAGUCACACGUGGCCACCUUCCGGGUGCUGGAGGAGGACUUCAGCCCGGCCGUGCAGCGGGCCGCCCAGAUCGCCCUCAAAGUCAUCGAGUGGAAGCCCUGA